AUGCUUCGGAAACCCCCUAGAACUGACAAAGGCCCCAAACAGACGGUACUGACGGGCCGGGUCACUCGCUCACGCAAACCUGCCUCCGUGAUUGCAGACAAGCUGCCUGAAGAAGACCUGGACUCGACUCCAGGCGGUCAGGAGACUGGCCUUCCGCCGGUGCAGGGGAAGCCACCUGCUUGGGCAGAGUCUCGUCCCGAGUUGUGUGAUGCCCUCCCUUGGUUUCGAUCGGCCCAGGGAGGCUACUACUACAACGGGAGUUUGUGCUACGGGUGUCUAUUAGACGCGGAUUCGGGCAUUCGGGCAUACGUCGAUGAUGAGGUCGUCAUAACAAGGAUUGGUGGUGGGUGUAUCAAGGACGCUGAGGGAAACCUCGUGCUGCUCAAAGAUCAAGAUACCGAUAGUACGGUCCUAAGCAGCGUGAUGAACAGCUGGAAAUGGAAGAACCCGAUUGGCCUCAUCAUCGGGGAUCGAAACUCGCAGCUGAACAGAAAGCUACCGCACCGCUACAACGUAAUGGCCUAUUUCCGCAUCACGGACGUCUGGUACGAAAGGAUUGGCACUAAGAAGGGGGUCAAAGUGCGAUUUGAGAAGCUGGAUCUCACAGAGGCUAGCUGGUGGGCGACCACCGGCACAUCGCAUCUGCCCAUUGAGCAACGGGACUUUGCUCUAGCCCCAGAGACCAAACGCUGUCCGACUUGCAAUCUUGAAAGCAAGCAAGUGUACAAGGAGGGCUGGAUGUGUCUGACGCCGUCGUGCGCGCGGUUCUGGACGCUAAAAGGGACCGCGCCCCGGGGCACCCUCACAUUCAAUGAGGCAUUUCUCAACGCCCGCCUGCCGCCAGACCCGCAAAUCCAGCCUCACUUUGACCUGGUCCCGGACCUGCUAGGAACAAUGCGCGAAGACAGCGGCGAUUUAAUCUUCAAGCGCAUCGCCUGGAAAGGUAUCGUCUGCCCGCUAUGCUCGAGGUGUAUAGCUCGGAGAUUCUGGCGAGGCUGGAAGUGCUCCGACGAGCUCCUCCACCCACCAUCAAAGCGAUCGCACCAGUGCAGCUUCGAACGAUACCUCAAAAUCUCUCCUCUCUCUGUACGGUCCGUGAUUGAAGAGUUCGAGAUCCAUCCCGCCAAACGGGCCAUUUACUUCGACCCAAAACUCCAGUUGCCGCAUAUCGACGACAGAUCUCUAUAUCCGUACAGGAAACUGGUAUAUAAUCUCCCAGGCGUAGGCACGUUGACACAUCUUGUCGCCAACCGGGCGAUCAACACCCGUGCCAACGGGCCAGACGAUCUGUUCAGACAGCUCCAGUCCGUGGACUUGGGCUUACAGCGGUAUCCGCUGCAGCAAAGCAUUGUCCGUGGCACCCUCACUGCCCACUACGCAGUCAACUAUGGCUGUCCAUAUAAAUACGUCGUCUCCGUCGAUUCCAAGGGCUUCAACGAAGCCUGCGACGAGGUUCUGCGAGCCCUAGGUCGACUAACCUGGGCGACGCAACAAGCCGUCAGCGAGGCGGGUGACCAGUUUCUGGCGCCGAACGAGCUGCUUCUCCUCGGGUAUAUGGAGGACAUGAAGAUCGGAUACCACGACGACGGCGAAUCCUCCCUCGGUCCGACGAUCGCCACCCUCUCCCUCGGCGCCCGCGCAAGCAUGCUCCUCCGAAUGAAGUCCAAAUACUACCACGGCUACACCAAAGCCAAGCGUCUGCUGGACGGCGACCCCGUCCUGGAGGGCUGCGCCCAUCACGCGGAGCGUCGAGCGCUGAAGGACAAGCUGGACGCGGCAGCUAUCACGCGAGCCGAGUACGACGCGCAGCGGCGGACGCUGCUCGGCAACCGACGCGGGGAGGCGCCGCCUUGCAUCAAGAUCGAGCUCAACCAUGGGGAUCUGGUGGUCAUGCACGGGGAGAAACUGCAGAAGUUCUACGAGCAUUCGGUGGUUCCCGAGAAGAACCUGCGGUUCGCGCUGACGGCGCGGUACAUCAAGCCCGAGUUUGUCGACGAGGCGGACGCGCAUAAGGGGGCAUUUACGCUGACGGGCGAUCAGGUUUAUGAUGGGAAGUGA